AUGGCCAGCCUGGUGGUUCAGAACAGCAGCCUGGCCGACCCGCGCCCGGCGGUGUACAGCCGCACCAGCCUGCGCCUGACCAUCACAACCGGCGGCGGCCACCCGGUCACAGCCGACCCUGCCAUCUCCUCGCCGCCGCACUUCCAGCUGGAGGCCGCCGACGGCAGCCUGCUGCUGAGCAUGUCGAGGGAGCACUGCCAGCUGCACGCGCGCUUCCACGGCGCCUGCCUCAUCGCGCGCUGCACCGGCCCGCCGCAGCCGUGGAGCGCCAGCGGCCUGGGCCCAGAGGGCUUUGCCGCAGCCGUGCCUGCAGCCCUCACCGGCCUGCACUGGUUUGUGCACUCCCUGGCCACGCCCAUGCGCUUCUCGCUCUGCCAGCCGGGCGUGCCCGUGGUGCACGGCGCGGCGGUGGCACACUUUGAGAAGAACUGGGGCAGGAGCUUCCCCAGCGCCUGGAUCUGGGCGCAGGGCCUCAUAACCCUCUGGGACUUCCACCCAUGGAACUCGAUCUUCACCGCUCAGAGUUCGCCCUGCCCCAGCGACACAACACUGCUGCUCACCGCCUCCCAGCCGCUGACCCGGCGGGGCGUGGAGGUGCAGAUCAGAGCGCGGCGCAGCAGCUUUGCUGAGGUAGAGUGCCCCACCCGCGAGGGCUUCCGGCCCUUCUCUGAAGAGUCCUUCACCGCCGCCGCCACAGUACGCCUGUUUGAGUACCGCAUCGGCGGCAGCGAGCGCGGCGGGGUGCAGAAGCAGCUGCUGGAAGCGUUCGAGUUCGAGGGCGCUGCUCUGGAGUUUGGCGGGGCCGCACGCUGCCACCACACGGACGCCGGGGUUGCGCUGGAGGCGGCGGCGGCAUGA